AUGGCCGUGUGCACAGCGAAGAAAAUGGUAAAGAAGCUUCAGAAUGAAGAAGAGAAAAGAAAGGUGAAAAGUUUGCAGAAUCGGGCGCAGAUAGCUGAAGAAGAAGCGGACCUCCUGCGCAAGCUCCUGCAGAGCCGCUAUGUUUCUUUGCUGCCAAGCCUCGCAUUUUGCCUCGAG